UUACCGGCAUUUCAACACCGACGGGCGAGACUGUCCCUCGUACUAUUUAUUUAUUGUCGAAAAAUUUUAUAUAACGUUAAAUAUGUUGUGCCUUUGCCUUUAUGUGCCUGUCCACAAUUCCGAUCAAAUCGAAGUGGAGUAUUUCGAAUCAAAAGGAUUACCGUCCGAGCUCAAGUCGCUCUUUAAACUCAGUGUUCUUCUGCCGUCCCAGGAAUUUUCGACAUACCAAAAAUGGAGAAAGAAAGCCUUUAAAACCGAAGAGAAGGAACAUGGUGGGCAACUGGAUUUUGAGGAGUUUGUUCACUAUCUCCAAGACCAUGAGAAGGACCUGAAGCUUGUCUUUAAAAGCCUGGAUGGGAAGAAUGCCGGUCAAGUGAACGCCAAUGACAUUGUGAACUCCUUGCAAGAUCUUGGAGUCCAUAUUUCCCUGCCGCAAGCAGAGAGAGUGCUUAAAAGCAUGGACAGAAAUGGAACAAUGACCAUUGACUGGAAUGAAUGGAAGAAGGAUCCAUCAAAACAGCCUGCCGAGAACAUUCCAGAAAUCAUCCUCUACUGGAAACACUCGACUAUCUUCGAUAUUGGUGAGAAUCUGAUGGUUCCGGAUGAGUUUACAACACAGGAACACAUAACAGGGAUGUGGUGGAGACACCUGGUAGCAGGCGGAGGUGCUGGAGCUAUUUCUCGAACAUUCACUGCUCCACUUGACCGACUCAAAGUUCUUAUGCAGGUUCAUGGUUCCCAUAGCAACAACCUGUGCAUCAUGACCGGUCUCACCCAGAUGAUCAAGGAAGGAGGGAUGCGAUCGUUGUGGAGGGGUAAUGGCAUCAACGUCAUCAAAAUCGCCCCAGAGUCGGCCCUCAAAUUCAUGGCUUAUGAGCAGAUUAAGCGACUGAUGGGCAGCAGUCGGGAAACUUUAGGCAUCACAGAACGUUUUGUAGCCGGUUCUCUAGCAGGAGUCAUCGCUCAGAGUGCAAUUUACCCCAUGGAGGUUCUCAAAACUCGCCUGGCAUUGAGAAAGACGGGCCAGUACAAGGGCAUGUCCGAUUGUGCCAAACAGAUCCUGAGGGGUGAGGGAGUCUGUGCAUUCUACAAAGGCUACGUACCAAACAUGCUGGGCGUCAUUCCUUACGCUGGCAUCGAUCUAGCCGUCUAUGAGACGUUGAAGAACACAUGGCUUCAGCGCUACGGUACGGACAGUACAGAUCCUGGUGUGUUUGUUCUUCUAGCCUGCGGUGCCAUUUCCUGCACUGGUGGCCAACUCGCCAGCUACCCGCUUGCUCUUGUACGAACACGCAUGCAGGCACAAGCCACGGUUGAAGGUGCUUCCCUGGUCUCCAUGACUGGGCUCUUCAAACAGAUCUUGAAGACUGAAGGUCCCAUGGGUCUCUACCGGGGUCUGACCCCAAACUUCCUGAAGGUCAUCCCUGCUGUCAGCAUCAGCUAUGUUGUAUAUGAGCACAUCAAGUCAGUAUUAGGAGUGCAGUCAAGAUGAGGAGCAUAUCAAGGGACUUUGGGUUGUAAAUCUUGGGGUUUUGAACCUUGAGGUGUGACUGCCAUCUCAUUCUGUGAAUGUGAGUGGGUAGGGGAUGAAACGGUUAACGUGCACAAAGGUAUUUUUACGGAGAAAGGGGAAGAAUUUACUCCCCAAAUCUGUAACAUCUAAUUUAUUGUUCUAGAAAGUAAGAAAAUAACCACUGUGUUAAUGUUGUUCAAAAGCUGAAAUCAGGGACCAACCUUUUGGAUUUCAUGUGGCGAUUAUGCUGAUCUCGACAAAGGUGGCACUGUGAGAGAAUCGAAUACUGUUAUGAUCCAUUUGGGUAUUGCAGAAAGGUGUCAAACACUACAACCAAAACUGUCCAGUUUGUACUGUGAAAUAUUUGCAUUAUUACUUGCACAUCGAACUUUCACUGCCCUUUUUCUUACAAAUGCUGCUUUAUAUUGACUAAAGUAAUAUUUAUGUACCGUAACCAGAUAUUUAUUUGUUGUGGCAUCCAGUGAAGUUUUACAAAUGCAUUUCUUGGCACAUCUUAAAGCCUGUUUUUGUCAGCAGUGUUAACCGUGUUAUAGGGUUAAACUGCUGACUAAUUUAAUAUUAAAUCUGCACACACUUAAGUACUUUGCCUUAAUGUAAGAGAACGUCUGGUUGAAUUGGAAAAUGAAUGCACUUUAAUUGCUUUGGUCAGUUUGGAAUGUGAGCUUAAUCUAAAGGAAACCGAACGAUUGUUAACAUCGUCAAUCGGUGUGAAUGAUUUGUAAUCUGGGACCACGUGUUCAAUGAAUAAAUGCACAUGAUAUGCUUGCAGUAUUGUUUGGGUGAAGAGGAUUUGCAUACACCAAGCAAAAGUAUGUGUUUGAGAUUAAUUGGUGUGGCUGGAUUUGUGGAAAGCUCCAUCCAGAAUACCUGGAACUGCUUUUGAGGUCAGCUUGGCUUUUGUUUUAGUUUAUUUUAAACAUUUUGUAAUUUAUUUUUCAAUAAAAAAUGUCAUUUA